AUGGGGCAAAAGAGGGGUGCUCUGGUAGUCUGGCUCCUACUCUUGUCAACACUACUAACCCAGGUGUUGGUCGAGGUUGAGGCAAACAGUUUUUUCCCAAAAUCGACGGUGGUGAUAUCGAACCAAAUCGAAGGUGGGGCAAAGUUGUUGGUGCAUUGCAAGUCUGCGAAUGACGAUCUGGGUGUGCGCUGGUUGGAUCCAGGCAAGAGUUUCGACUGGACCUUCUAUCCGCACUUCUUUACAUAUACUCUGUUUUUUUGCGCCUUCCGUUGGGAAGUCGGAGCCCAUCUUAAGUGGUUCGACAUCUACAAACAGCAGAGGGACGACGAAGUGUGCAAGUACUGCCAUUGGGCCAUAAGGAGAGACGGACCGUGCCUGGCCGUGCCGGGUUCCGAAAUGUGUUAUCACUACAGGGACAAACUUUAG